AUGAGCAUGAGACAAGAGGAGGAGGAGGAGGAGGAAGGGAAAUGCAUGUGCACGAGCAUAGGGGGGACGAGCAUGGGCCACAAACCCAUGAAGCCACUCACCUGCUUCCUGUUCCCCAUCCCAGCAUGGUUGGCAUCGUCUGCGGAUGCACCCUCCCUCAACGAGCUCAGGACUAUCUGUGUCGGCCCGCGCGACCUGCUCAUCUGGCCCCCAUCUGCUCAAACACCACCCACCCCUCAUUUCGCCUUCCCGCUCAUCUCCUCACCCCCUCUUGCAUUCCUCCCGUCGCCUCUCACCCCACCUCCUGCCUCUCAUCCAUGGAAGCACGGUGUCUCAUAUGCCAUGUAA